AUGAGUACUAACAAAAUCACCUUCUCUCUAAACUGGCAACCUGCCCCAUACCAUAUCCCCAUCUACUAUGCCCAAAUUAAGGGUUACUUUAAGGAUGAAGGACUCGAUAUUGCUAUCUUGGAGCCUUCGAAUCCUUCAGAUGUGACCGAGUUGAUUGGUUCGGGUAAGAUUGACAUGGGUUUGAAGGCAAUGAUUCAUACACUUGCGGCCAAAGCACGUGGCUUUCCUGUAACUUCGGUUGCAUCCUUGUUGGAUGAACCCUUCACAGGUAUUCUAUAUCUUAAAUCGAGUGGAAUCACUAAUGAUUUCUCAACCAUUAAGGGAAAGAAAAUCGGCUACGUCGGGGAGUUUGGUAAGAUUCAAUUAGACGAACUCUGCAAAUACCAUGGUCUCAAGGAGAGUGACUAUACCGCUGUCAGAUGUGGUAUGAAUGUCGCAAAGUACAUCAUCGAGGGGAAGAUCGAUGGUGGUAUUGGUAUUGAGUGUAUCCAGCAAGUUGAGCUGGAAGAAUACUGUAAACAAAAGGGUUUGGAUGAACAAGAAGUCCAAAUGAUGAGGAUUGAUCGGGUUGCCUGCUUAGGCUGCUGCUGUUUCUGCUCUAUUUGCUACAUUGCCAACGAUGAGUUUCUUAAGAAUAACACAGAGAAAGUCAGGUCUUUCUUGAAGGCAAUCAAAAAAGCAACUACCGAAAUUCUUGCUGCACCACAGGAUUGUUGGGAAACCUAUGUUGACUUUAAACCUCAAUUGAACAACAGUCUCUCAUACAAACAGUUUGAAAGAUGCUAUGCUUACUUUUCAGCAUCGUUGUUUAAUGUUGACCGAGACUGGCAAAAGGUCACCAACUAUGGUAAGAGAUUGGAAAUUUUACCACCUGACUACAAGGCCAACUAUACAAAUGCCUUAGUUCCUGGUGAAGAACCUGCUGAGACUGUUGAUCCCACCGAAGCACAAAGAUUAAUGGCAGUCCACCAAGAAGAAGUCAGAAAGAAUGGUGGAUUCCACAGACUUGCCAUUUAA